CUUUAGUAUUUACAUGCCAUCACUAAGUAAAUAUGUUUCUGGGUUCCAUAAUUCACUCACUUUUUACUGUGAUUUCGUUUACUGUGAUACAAUUAAGGGCUGACGAAACUACUACGAAAUUGACUACAGAACUUACUGCAGAUACUACAGCUAAACUCACUACUAAAGCUACGAAACUCACUACUAAAGCCACGGAUCUUACUACUGAAGCUACGGAACUCGCUGGUGAAGCUACAAAACGAACUACUGAAACUCCUGAAAAAGUUAAUGAGGAGACCACGGAGACAUUCCAAACAACACAAACUAAAGUAUCACCUAGUCGUGCACAUAUGGAUGAUUUAACAACAUUUGAUGACAAAGUCUAUUGUAAGUUUCAAGCAAAUUCAUAUUCGUGUUCAAAUGCCAGGCUAAAACGCAAGUAUUAUUACGAUAUACAGCUGAACCAAUGUAUUCAGUUCGAUUACGGACAUUGUAAACACUCGUACAAUAUGUUCGAUGGAAGACGCGAUUGCUUUGAAGCAUGUGAAGACGAGUACAGUCAUCAAGUUGUAAAUGUAACAGCCAAUGUUUACUGCAGGUUUCAGCCUGACUUUGGAGAUUGCCAUAUGUAUAAUCCGAUGUGGUAUUUCGACAUCAUAGAUAUGAGGUGUAAGGGCUUUUCAUACAGUGGCUGUGGAGGCAAUGACAACAGGUUCCGGAAUGUUGAGAAAUGUUUGUCUGUGUGUAGCCAUGCGGUGAAACAUACGGAAGAAGAUUAAAAUCUUAAGAAAUUUAAUAUUUUUCUUUAUAAGAAUAUUUGGGACGUGAUCUGCAUUCGACAUCA